AUCUCCACACUCCCCUCUCAUAACCAACCAUGUUCGCUUCUAAGGCCUCCCCUGUCAUCCGCCAGAUUCGCUCGUAUGCUACUGGCAAGACCCUCAAUGAGGUUGUCAUCGUCAGCGCAGUCCGCACUCCUGUCGGCUGCUUCAACGGCGCCUUGAAGAAGUUCACUGCCCCUCAGCUCGGAUCCAUUGCCAUCCGCGGUGCUAUUGAGAAGGCCGGCAUCAAGGCUGAUCAGGUUGAGGAGGUGUACAUGGGAAAUGUCCUCCAGGCCAACGUGGGCCAGUCCCCCGCUCGCCAGGCUGCCUUGGGCGCCGGAUGCCCCCUCGAGACCGAGGCCACGACCAUCAACAAGGUCUGCGCUUCUGGAAUGAAGGCCGUCAUGCUCGCUGCCCAGGGUCUCCAGACCGGCGCCCGUGAUGUCAUGGUCGCUGGAGGCAUGGAAUCCAUGUCCAAUGUUCCAUAUUACGCUCCCCGCAACGCUGGAUACGGCCACCAGACCAUGUCCGAUGGAAUCAUCAAGGAUGGUCUCUGGGACGUCUAUAACCAGUUCCACAUGGGUAACUGCGCUGAGAACACUGCCGAGAAGCUGAAGAUCACCCGUGAGCAGCAGGAUGCCCACGCUGUCGAGUCCUACACCCGCGCCGCCAAGGCCUGGAAGGAUGGCGUCUUUGCCGAGGAGCUCAUCCCCGUUGUGAUCAAGGACAAGAAGGGUGACAAGACCAUUGCUGAGGAUGAGGAGUACAAGAACGUCAAGUUUGACAAGAUCCCCUCUCUCAAGCCCGUCUUCCAGAAGGAGGGGGGCACCGUCACUGCUGCCAACGCCUCGUCCCUGAACGACGGUGCCUCAGCCCUGGUUCUCAUGACCCGCGCCAAGGCCGAUGAACUCGGCGUCAAGCCCCUGGCCCGCAUCUUGUCCUUCGCGGACGCCGCCGUUGCUCCCGUUGACUUCCCCAUCGCACCAUCGGCUGCUUUCCCCAAGGCCCUUGAGAAGGCUAACCUGAAGAUCGAGGACAUUGAUUUGUUUGAGUUCAACGAGGCCUUCUCGGUCGUCGCUUUGGCCAACAACCAGAUCUUGGGAUUGGAUCCCAAGAAGGUCAACAUUGCUGGUGGCGCCGUCGGUUUGGGACACCCUAUUGGUUCCUCAGGCUCGCGUAUCCUCGUCACCUUGACGCACUUGUUGAAGAAGGGUCAGAAGGGUGGUGCUGCCAUCUGCAACGGUGGUGGUGCUGCCUCUGCCAUUGUUAUUGAGCGCCUUUAAGGACGAGGUCGAUAUCGACAGCAUCGAAGUCGCAGCAUUUUUGUACAUGAAUAAAAGUAAUCCCCACUCAUUAGAAAAAAAAAA